UGUUCAGGCGACGUUGACGCUGGCAAGAUGGUGAACGUCCCCCAAACCCUCAGGACUUACUUCAAGAAGUGUGGGAAGCACCAGCCCCACAAAGUGACCCAGUACAAGAAGGGCAAGGAAUCUUUGUAUGCUCAGGGAAAGCGGCGAUAUGAUCACAAGCAGAGUGGCUAUGGUGGCCAAACAAAGCCCAUCUUCCGCAAAAAGGCAAAGACCACAAAGAAGAUUGUGCUGAGACUUGGAUGUGUGGAGCCCAAUUGCAGCUCAAAGAGGAUGCUGGCCAUUAAGAGGUGCAAGCAGUUCGAGUUGGGAGGAGACAAUAAGAGAAAGGGCCAGGUAAUCCAGUUCUAGGCUGCUGUGGAACCCAUUGUUGGUUGGUGUAUGAAAUGUU